AUACUGGUCCUUGUCUGAGGGUGUGUUUACAUCGAUGUCAUAGCAUUUUAUCGGACGGACCAGCUUCUGAUUCAUUAGCAUCAUGUUCCACGGGAUAGCAGGCAGUGGAGGAGUGGGCGCCGCUCCAGCUAAUAAACCUGAGUUGUACGAGGAAGUUAAACUUUACAAAAAUGCACGGGAACGAGAAAAGUACGACAACAUGGCCGAGUUGUUUGCUGUUGUAAAGACCCUGCAGGCGUUGGAGAAGGCUUACAUCAAAGACUGUGUAUCCCCCAAUGAGUACACGGCUUCCUGCUCCAGACUCUUGGUUCAAUAUAAAGCUGCUUUUAAACAGGUGCAAGGCUCUGACGUGGCCUCCAUCGAUGAUUUCUGCAGGAAGUACAGACUCGACUGCCCACUUGCUAUGGAGAGGAUUAAGGAAGAUCGGCCAAUUACCAUCAAAGACGACAAGGGCAACCUGAACCGCUGCAUCGCAGAUAUAGUUUCUCUCUUCAUCACUGUUAUGGACAAACUGAGACUGGAGAUCAGAGCCAUGGACGAGAUCCAACCAGACCUGAGAGAGCUGAUGGAAACCAUGAACAGGAUGAGCAACAUGCCUCCAGACUCGGAGGCUAAGGACAAAAUCAGCCUCUGGUUGUCCACCCUCAGCAGCAUGUCUGCCUCAGAUGAGCUGGACGAUAAUCAGGUUCGCCAGAUGCUCUUCGAUCUGGAGUCAGCCUACAACGCCUUCAACCGCUUCCUGCACUCCUCCUAAAGCUUCUGUCGGUCAUAGACCUUAACUUGUGGAUCUCCGGUUAAGUUGAAAAUAAAACGCUACUUUUCCCUGCUUGUUCUGGCAGGGUGUAAAUAUAUAUCUGGACAGUUUGUCACACACUCUCUUACCAUUUUCCUUAAGUCUAGUUCAUGAGUGAUUUUUAUGAAGUUUGGUGCAGUUUACAAUCCACUGCCUUGGGUUAUUCCCUGUUUCUGGUACAUCAUGCUACCUGCUGCCUUCUGCAUCUUGUUGGCUCUUUAUUUUGGCCAUGCCAGAGCAGUUUACAAUUUUGGCAAGGCAUUAACAAAGAACCGUUUGAGAAAGAGAGAGAAAAGUUCAGCAUUCAUCAUCUAUACAUUACUUUCAGAGUUACCCUCGUGUGUUUCAAAGCCUUUGGGUUUGUUCUGUUUGUCAUGUUUCAUCUCCUAUAGAUUUCUUUAUGUUAGGGUCCACUAACAGCGCCUGUAGUGUGAAAGGAGCAGUCUUAGGCUGCUGUUCUUAUAUUUUAUCACUUCUCAGCAAAAAAUUAUUAAAUCCUAUCUGAUGAUUAUUUAACUGCUCAUCUAUUUAACUAUAAUAUUGACGCUGAGAGGUAAGGAUUUAUUCUGACCACAUAUUUUUUUCUUCCUGGAACAUGUCUAAUCCAUAUUUUCUUUAGAAGGGAGAGUUUCCCCACAUUAUAGGUAAAAUUUUUGUGGACAAGCUCUUCAUGUUGCCUGCUAAAUAUAUUUUAGCCUUGAAAAAUCAUUAAGGAGAACAUAUUUAUUAAGAUUUGUCAUUGUAUAUAGUAGGGUGGAUUUUUAAAUGAAACCAUGUAACACCUUUUUAGAAAUAAAGUAUUAAACAUUUUCA